GCGAGAUCCACGGAAAGUGCAGCCCCCCAUGCCUUUGCUGUACGAGGGAAUCCUCCAGCUCUUAUCCGGGUUAGUGUGUAGCCUACUAUCCGCUCAGCUUCUAAAUGUAAAUGUGUACGCGAGAUCCAUCCGUGGGAAUGUUACCUUACUGAAAUGUUUAGGUAGUUAAGGAUUUCCACAUUUCCUCAGAGUUUAUGUUGGCCUACUUCGUCGUCGGCUGCUUUUUAAACCUCUGCUCUGCACCCCCUGAGUGUGGCUGAUCUGAGAUCAGUUCCAGGUUGAUGUUUUCUUGUGGGGGGCCCGCAGGGUUGCUUUCAAGAUAGACCCCCAACAGCAGGCAGCCUCGGCCAAUCUCCUGAGCGAGUCCCGCCUCCUGCCGGAUAAGACCGCCCACAAGCUCCCCCUGCGUCUGCCCGACGCCAAGCCCAGCAACCUGCAGGCCCUCAGCCAAUCGCUGGGGCAGGACAGCGUCGCCAUGGACACGGAGUCCACCUACUCUGGGUACUCUUACUACUCCGGCCGCUCCAGGGGUUCUCACCGACAUGGGGAGCGUAGCCGGGACCGGCACAAGUCGCGCAGCAAGGACAGCAGCCGAUCGGAGAAAUCUGUCACCAUCAACGCCCCGCCCGCCGAGCCGCUGCUGGGAGACCCCGCCUCCCGCGGGGAGGAGGUGCAGGAUGAUAACUGGGGCGAGACCACCACAGCGGUGACGGGCACGUCGGAGCACAGCCUGUCCCAGGAGGACAUUGUGCGCAUCAGUAAGGACCUGGAGGACAGCGUGGGGCUGGGCUGCCGGCGGUACCUGGGGCUGACGGUGGGGGUGCUGCUGGGCGUGCUGGUGCUGCUGACGCCGCUGGCCUUCCUGGUGCUGCCCCACGUGCUCUGGCCCGAGCGGCUCAAGGCCUGCGGGACGGCCUGCGAGGGGCUCUUCAUCUCCGUGGCCUUCAAGCUGCUCAUCCUCCUCAUCGCCGUGUGGGCGCUGUUCCUGCGCCCGCCCCGCGCCGGCCUCCCGCGCGUCUUCGUCUUCCGGGCGCUGCUCAUGGUGCUGGUGCUGCUCUUCGUCGUCUCCUACUGGCUGUUCUACGGCGUGCGCAUCCUGGAGUCACGGGAUGAGAACUAUCAGGGCAUAGUGCAGUACGCCGUGUCGCUGGUGGACGCUCUGCUGUUCAUUCACUACCUGGCCAUCGUGCUCCUGGAGCUGAGACAGCUGCAGCCCUGCUUCUCUGUGUGCGUCACACGCUCCACUGACGGAGAGACACGCCACUAUAACCUGGGACAGCUCAGUAUCCAGCGGGCUGCCCUGUCCAUCCUGGAGAACUACUACCGAGAUUUCCCCGUCCAUAACCCCGCCCUGCUGACCGCCUCCAAAUCCCGCGCGGCCAAACACCUGGCCGGCCUCAAGGUCUACAACGUGGACGGUCCGGGGAAUAACAGCGCGGGGCAGUCUCGAGCCAUGAUCGCGGCCGCCGCCCGCCGCAGGGACACCAGCCACAACGAGCUGUACUACGAGGAGGCCGACCACGAGAGGCGCGUCAGGAAACGCCGCGCCAGGUUGGUGGUGGCGGUAGAGGAGGCUUUCACACACAUCAAGCGCAUGCAGGAGGAGGAGCAGAAGAAGACUCCUGGGGAGGUGAUGGACCCGCGGGAGGCUGCCCAGGCCAUCUUCCCCUCCAUGGCCCGCGCACUGCAGAAGUACCUCCGCACCACUAGGCAGCAGCACUGCCACACCAUGGAGAGCAUCCAGCAGCACCUGGCCUUCUGCAUCACCAACAACAUGACACCCAAGGCCUUCUUGGAGAGCUACCUGACCCCGGGCCCCACGCUGCAGUACGGGAGGGAGCGCUGGCUGGCCAGGCACUGGACGCUGAUCAGCGAGGCCACGGUGACCAGCGGCCUGAAGGAGGGAUCAGUCUUCCUACUCAAGUGCAUAGACUUCAGCCUGGUGGUGACCGCCAAGCGCAUCCCCUACAUCCAGCUGUCCGAGGAGUUCAUCGACCCCAAGUCCCACAAGUUCGUCCUGCGGCUGCAGUCCGAGACCUCGGUGUAGCGUAGCGCACGCGGGUUUUACUCUUUUAAAUCAUUUUUUACGAGGUUUAUAUUUUAUUUGAGGUGUCGUUUUUCUUUUUUUUUUUUCUUUUUUGGUCACUUAUGCAAAUCUUUUUUUUGUUUUGGUUAAAAGAUAUUAGCUGAUAUUUAAAGAAAUAAAAAUCACACAGAUGACACGUUGGAUACAUCUGUGUGUACAGACAGGGAAUCAAACCCUAGAGAGAGUAUGCGAGUGUGUACUCGUGUGUGUGUGUGUGUGUGUGUGUGUGUGUGUGUGUGUGUGGGAAAGUGUGUGUUUGCUUUUAUGUGUGUAUGCACAUGUGCGUGUGUUUGUUGUGAGUGGUGUGUGUUUGUGUGCGUGCGUGUGUGCGUGUGCGUGUGUAUGUGUUUGCAUGCACAUGUGUGUGUGUGUGUGUGUGUGUGUGUGUGUAAAUGGACACGUUCAUCCUGCCUGUUCCAGCAUCAUGAGUGACAUGGGCAGGUGAAGGGGGAGGGGUGGGUGUGAGUGUGGGGUAGGAGGAGGGGCCCCUGGGGCAGAGGGCAGGCACAGGGUGGCUGUCUAAAGGACCACUGAAGCCCUGCCCCAAUACACAUCUGGACCGAAGAGGAAUAGUGUGAAAGAUCAUUUUUAAGGUCAUAAAGCUCAACAACACUCAAGCAAACUGGUUUUGUUUUUAUGUCAGAAACAUGAAGUCCCAACCAAGUUUCUUUUUCCAUUUAUUUUGGCUUACUUGUAGAAAUCCACCUAGUCCUGUUUUGUGUUGUGUCAGAUAGAGUCCUGGUCACAUGCUUCUCCUGGGUUUGCUAUAGCAACAGGUUCAGCGGGGCACAACAUAACUUGUUUGCUCGAAUCAGCAGCUACCUUCAUUGAAACAAUUCAGGUGCAUAUUUUCAGAUGGAAUUUUGCUGAGUAUGAACUUCACGUGUAUAUAUGUGUUUGUAUAUACAUAUACAUGUAUUUAACAUAUAUGUACAAACAUAUGGUAUUUGCCUGUGUGUAAAUAUAAAUGUAUAUAAUGCUGUUCAUUUGAUACACUUUCAUAUUCUAAUUUGCCUGCCUGCACAUAAAAACUGACUGUGGAAUUCAGACACUACCAAAAUACUCCUCUUCGUAUACAUUCUCUUCACCAUUCCUGGAUACAAACUUAUUUUUGAAUACAUACAUAUUUUUUAGAAACGCAGUUUCUGAAUACAUUUUUCUAGCUUUUCUAUGGCAUUGUGUUGAUAUCAAAUUAACAUGUUGUUUCCGUAUCAGAAGGCUGUUAUUUUGUUAGCUCUCAGUUUCCUUGAACCCUGGAGAGUUGGCAUCAGCUGAUACUCCCGUGGUCAGCUCUGGGCCUGGGCCAGACCAGAGGGUCACAGUAGAUUGAUUUUUCCACCUCUGUGUUUAAACACUCCCGUGUGAACUUCUGCACUGUGGGGAUAGCGAUCAACUCAUCUUCCUUUUUACAACUAAAAUUUAAAUUGAGUGCAAUUUGAGAUUUAUUUAAAUUCUUCGGUGCAAUUUAUGAAUUUAUUUUUCCCCUUCGUCCCAGUCUUUGUUUAUUUAUCCAUAUUUGCGUGUCUUUUUUUCCAAACCUGUGUUCAGACCCAUUAUAUCCACCCAUAAGUCCUGUUUCCAUGACAUUUUUUUCUUUUGUGAGCACAAACCAAAGACACGUGUUGAACUGUCCAAUUUCCCAGGUUACAGAGGGCUGUUUCUGUUUCUGUGAAUCAGGAGUACACAUGUAGCACUCAACCUCCACCUUCACUGAGCAUCAGGGGCCAGCCUACACCUGCAGUAGGUGGAGUCCAGGUGGAUAAAUGGGGCUAAACUUCCUAAAAGGUCAUAUUAAACUAAAGUUAUCUGUAGAGUGUUACCUGUAACUCAAGUGUGCCGAAAAAGAAGAAAUUAUAGGGAGAACCUCUGGUGUGCAUCGGUGUAAUUGAAAUGGUUUUGCAUAUGUCAAUAACUGUGCACUGGUAUAGUGCCCUUAACAGCUGCCUCAGACCAUGUGAACGUCAGUGGAGAGUGAGUUAUUUCUGCCUUCUGUAGCUCACGUCCCACUCCAACCCCUCCAGUGACCCCCCCCCCCCCCCCCCAGUUUGGGAACCCCUGCUGUAUAGAAUGGCCACUUGCUCAUUCUCCUCUGGCCAAAUGAAAGUGGUGAUACUGAGUGUUUUAAGAGCGUGCUGCAGUCCACCGCCCGUGUCUGGGGCUGGAAGAGGCCUCCACUACCUGGCACGUGUGAGAUUUGACUAAAAGAGGAGUGGAAAUUCACUUUGCAUGCAUUAGAUGCAGGUUUUUAUUUAUUUCAGGAAUAUAUGACACUAACUGCAAAAGGAAUGUUGGUUAUGUUGUGCAGAAAAUCAUGAUUCAGAUGAUGCAGUCCAGUAAGGAAAUUAAAAACGGCUCAUAGCGCCAUCUAGCAGAUAUACCCGGCAGUGUUUGGGAAUCAGGACAGCUAACAGUAUUGAGUCACAGGGUUCUUAUUUCAAGUGAAUGUUUUAAAAACCAAUGCAUUUUAUUAAAAAGGACCCCUCAUUUUAUAUGCAUACAGAUCUUAAAUACAGAAAGUACAUUUUAUAUAUUGUCUAUGGUUGUUCAGUUGUUUAUACUGUUCCUAAAAAGAAAGCUUUUGAUUUUUAUGCCAAUUGCUGUUUGGGUUUUUACAGAUGAUGGUAGUGCACUGUAUGUCCCUUUCACAAUGUGAACACGUGCCUCUUUUACAAGCAGUGUGUGGACAAUGGUCCUCAGCACGUAAACAUCCCAUUCUUCUUUUCACACAUGCACAAGGCUUUUUCUGUUUUAGUCCUGACAUUUUAUUGUAUCAAAUUGUUUCAAUUUCAUAACGUGAAUAUUUGUAUAAAAUAAACAUUUUUACAAAAAAAUUGUA